AUGAAUAAGGCAGAGGUUGUGAUUCUGAAUGUUGGGGGUAUGAAGUACUCCACAUCUGCAGGCACCCUCAAGAGGUACCACGAUUCCAGGUUAGCACAUGCGUUAGAAGGAGGUGAUCCCGAUUUCCGAAUAAUCAACGGACAAAUUUUCAUUGACAGGGAUGGCAGUCUGUUUCGGUACAUUCUGGAUUUCUUGAGAACUCGACAGCUCGAUCUCCCUUCUGCAUUCUCGGAUCACGACAGGCUGGUGAGGGAGGCGGAAUUCUACAAUUUGCCUUUCUUGGUUGAACUUGUCAAACAGGAUCGGCUGAAACAAAUGUUGGAGAUCUUGGAGGUGAGAUACUCCCUGCAGGAAACCCACUCCUUCUUCAGAGUUUUCUGUUCCUGUAAUAGUACUAUUGAAUCAUUGGCUGGACGUAUUGUAGUGUUUGCAGAACAGCCUGGCCAGAACUGGAAUCAUUCCUCAGUUCCGAGACCCUUGGUUUUGAUUCCAUUGCAGAGACCUUCUCACCACGAUCUCGUCUUUCAAUGUGGAACUGACUAUUCAGUUGGAGACGAGCUCUCAACAAGGUAUGUGUCUAUCCAACCAGAUGAAAGAAAACUUACCAAUGGCUCUAAUGUCCUGGGAUUACUCAUAGGUACUUUACUGAGGGAAGGUUUUUGUCUUAUAAGCACGAGGACAGUCUCUCCCACUGAGAAGAUUGAAUGCUACACAUUCGAACGAAACAGAAGAACUGAGUAUCUUGGUGCAUCUAAUGGGCAGGGAGGAGCAAGUACCAACAUAGUUCGUUUUCAAGCAGAAAAGCCACAGAACAGGAGGUACAACAUAUAGGAACUAUUAAUGAGUUGGAGAACAGAUUGCAACAGGACCUAUUUUCUUAAACAUGACAAGAUUAACUUUUUUUGGCUUAGGUAAUGCCUUGGAAGCCAAAAUUAACACAA